AAAAAUAAUAAACAAAAAGUUCUUAAGAAAGUUGGUUGGUUCGCUAUUUCGCUUAUUUUACUGUUGCAAACAUGAGUGUAAAAACUGGCUCAAACGUAUGUCCUACUAUAGAAGAACGAUCAGGAAACGUUCGUGAGGUUGGAUCACAAGCAGUGUGGAGUCUAUCGUCUUGUAAACCGGGUUUUGGAGUAGAGCAGUUGCGAGAUAAUUCUAUGGAAACCUACUGGCAAUCGGACGGACAGUUGCCACAUCUGGUCAACAUCCAGUUUCCGCGGAAAACCACAGUAAGCCAAAUAUAUAUUUACUCCGAUUAUAAAUUAGACGAAAGCUAUACUCCGAGUCGUAUCUCAAUCCGAUGUGGUACACAUUUCAACGAUCUGCAAGAGGUUGAGGUAAUAGAUCUUUGCGAACCGUCUGGCUGGGUGUGUAUCCCCAUCAAAGAAGUACGAGACAUUCCGAUGCGAACAUUUAUGAUACAAAUUGCUGUGAUAAGUAAUCAUCAAAACGGCCGCGACACACACAUGCGUCAAAUUCGCGUUCAUUCACCCACAGAGGGUACAACUUAUCCGCUCGAGCAAUUUGGUCCAUUUAGUACGAUAGAAUUUCAACAGUUCCGAACAAUACGGUAGAAGGGUGCCAAAAUAAAGUGGAACUGAUAUAUAAUGU